CAGGGCUCCCUGGGACCCCCGGGACCCCCAAGGAGGGGCUGCGAGCCCCGCCCCUCCGGGGCCACAGGGUCACGUGGCCCGCCGCUCCCCCGAGGGCGGGUCACGUGACGCUAGCGCGCCGUUGCCCGGGCAGCCGCUGCGGCGGGCCGGCGGGGGCGGGACAGCCGGCGAGGCGGGGCGGCGGGGGACCCCGCGGGACCGGCGGAAGGAGGCAGGGGGCCGCGCUCUGCGCCCUGGCCGGGCCACGGGGCCACAGGGCCAAGCCGGAGCCGCCGCCGGCCGCGAGCCGGAGCCGAACCGGAGCCGAGCCGGGCCAGACGGGCAGAGCAGCUCGCCUGGCUCCCAUGAUGAGUGCUGAGCUCAAUGUGCCUGUGGACCCCUCCACCGCUGCCUGUCCUGAGCCUGGCCACAAGGGCAUGGAUUACCGGGACUGGGUCCGCCGCAGCUACCUGGAGCUGGUCACCUCCAACCACCACUCCGUGCAGGCCCUCUCCUGGAGGAAGCUCUACCUGAGCAGGGCCAAACUGAAAGCCUCCAGCCGCACCUCCGCUCUCCUCUCAGGCUUUGCCAUGGUGGCCAUGGUGGAGGUGCAGCUGGAGACGCAGUACCAGUAUCCACCGCCCCUGCUCAUCGCCUUCAGUGCCUGCACAACGGUGCUGGUGGCCGUGCACCUCUUCGCCCUGCUCAUCAGCACCUGCAUCCUGCCCAACGUGGAGGCCGUGAGCAACAUCCACAACCUCAACUCCAUCAGCGAGUCGCCGCAUGAGCGUAUGCACCCCUACAUUGAGCUGGCCUGGGGCUUCUCCACGGUACUCGGCAUCCUGCUCUUCCUGGCUGAGGUCGUGCUGCUCUGCUGGAUCAAGUUCCUGCCUGUGGAUGCACGCCACCAGCCCGGCCCUGCACCCGGCCCCAGUGGCCACACAGGCUGGCAGGCCGCCCUCGUGUCCACCAUCAUCAUGGUGCCCGUGGGUCUCAUCUUCGUGGUCUUCACCAUCCACUUCUACCGCUCGCUGGUGCGCCACAAGACCGAGCGGCACAACCGCGAGAUCGAGGAGCUGCACAAGCUCAAGGUGCAGCUGGAUGGGCACGAGCGCAGCCUGCAGGUCGUGUAAGGGCACGACCCCCUGGGGCUGGGAGCCAACAGAAACAGCCUGCUUUUGAGGGAAUUUUAAAAAUGUAAAUUGCCAUGAGGCUGCCUAGACACUGCCAGAUAGUUCAACACCAAAGUUUUACUCCUGUCUUAAUGCCGUAAAAUCCAGCUCAUUUUCCCUCAGAAAAUGGAAAUCCUUAAAACGAGAGACUGAUUCUGUUGCUAAGAGCUUAGGGCAAAGAAAGGCUGAGUCCUUGGCCCUGGGACUCAGGCAGGGCUCCAGCACUGGUCAUCCCAGAGAUGGGGAAGGAGUGGCCAGCAGUGCAGGGAGCCUGGCGGAGGCCCGGGAGUCAGGGUAGGUAGGGCUGGGAGUUCAGAGGAUUGCCCAUGACUCCUCAGGUGCACUGCCUGGCAGCCGGGUGGCACAUUUGAUAGUACCAGCCUGCUGUGAUUCGGUGGAAACUGUGGCAAUUAGAUGGGCACAGGAUUACUGCUGGGCCUGGUGCUUCCCUCCCCUGCUCUGCAGGGUGUUGGGUGGCCUGGCUUGAGGGCAAGGCAGGAGCCUGGGGCACAUGUCAGCCCAGCAGGUAUGGGUACUCCAGGAGGAGGCAGACUUGUCAGGGCCUGGGGGAGACUUCCACGAGUGGAGGCCUGGCAGAGUUGGGGAGGCAUGUCUGGGGGCAGCCUACUUGAGGAGGCUGUUAACUAAGGGGUACUCCAAAGCACACUGGGCUCAAAUUCUUUCUUCCCAGCCAGCCUGGAGCCCUGGCCACAUCGACCCAGCAAGGCUACCAGGUUGGGAAGAGCCCACAGUCCAGAGGCCUACAUCUCUUGGCCUCAGAAUGCCCUCUGAGCCUGAUCCUCCAGGCUCUGGUCCCAGAAGGCCAGGAGCAUUUGCUCAGGUGGCAGAGCCUGCCCAUCUCCCUGCUGCCCAUGGUGCCUGGCAGCAGAGGGGCAGCUUGGGGGACUUGCUAUCUAGACAAGGCUGUCGGCCUGGUCUGGUCUAGGGGUGGUAGCACCAGGGCCAGCCCUGGCCAAAUGUGGGUCUUGCUCAUCAGAUGGAACAAAUGCAGAGAAUGCACAACCCACAUCAUGCUUCCCCCGGGCCCCAGCCUCUCGGCCACAGCCGGCGCGUUUACUGCCGUGCGCAGCAUGGGCUCUGGUUGCCCUAGCUCGUGUCCUUGGGCUGUUCACAUACAGGCUACAGCUCAGCUUACGUGUGAGCAUGCUAUACCCCAAGCUGCUUCUAAAAACCACCUUUACCACAUUGGCUGGCAGCCAACUGGAGAAGGAGGCCAUUUCCUCAUUGGACUUCAUGCUCUGAUGACAUUUCUAUCCACAGCCUAAUAUCUCUGUGGGAUCUGGGUGGCCUGGCUGAGGUUUCUGGGAAUGUGACCUACUGGUGAGAGCAUAAACCUCAACCUGUAACUCUGAAAUGCUGACUGGUGACACUUAUGGGAGCCUGGACAUGGUGUCCCUCCAGGCCAGAGAAGAGGCCUGGCGUCUAAAGGGCGUGUCCCCUGUACCUUCUGCAGACAUCUGUCCCGACUUGCUUGCUCUCUAGUGCAUGUUUCCUCUUUCCCACAGUCUUGUUGAAAAGGCUUAAUUGGUUUAAUGUGUUUGCUUUGCAAAAGAAUGUCAGCAUCACGGCAAGACAGCCACUUGGUGACCUGGCAGUGACAAAACUAGCUGGGAGCAGGCAGCAAGCUCUUCCUCUGGCCUGAGCCUUUUGAGGGGUCAUGCUGAGCUCACUCCUGCUGCCACUUUCCUGGGCCAUUUGGUACCGCUGCCCCAAGUGUGCCAGGUCCACAGAGUCCCAUGUUCCCCAGACUGGAAAGCACACCCCAGUAUCAGUGGGGGCCCAUUAUGCCUGAUCCACGGGCAGAGCUUUCGGCCUGACCACAACAAGGUCAGAUACGAGGUGCGCAAUGACAGUGCCACAUACCACGUUCAAACUGGGAGAGUAACGUUCCUGUCAUUUCCUGUUCUCAUCCAGAGUGCUUUCCCAGCUCCAGCCUUUCUAGAGACAUGAGGCAAAGAAUUUCUGUGGGAACAGAGAUGACAGUGAGUCUGGGGACUGGUGAUGGGCGGGGUGGGGGAAGGACCACCUCAGGAUAGCGGCGGAGCUUGUCUGGAGAUGGAGGAUAAGCCGCUCUUUGGAGCUGCAGGAACAACUCUGCAGGCAGUUUAGGGGAGGGGCUGGCAAAUUACAGGCUAGAAAUUCGGAUUCCGGAGGCUUAAGGAGAUUGUGGACUGUUCCAGUACAGGCCUCUCCAUGGGGAGGCGCCAUGGGCCGCCCCGGGGCAGCGUGGGCUUGCCCUGUUUCCCCUGAGCAGAGCCUUCCCGGUGCUCGUAAAACAAAUGCCUGCAAAUACUUGAGGCCCGUUCCAAAGUGGAACACAGUCUCCAUUUAGUACCUGACCAGAAGUAUCAAAACUGAAGUGUUUCUAUUUUAGAAACUGUGGGGACAGAACAUAUUUUAGUGUCUUCUAGGAAGGUCUGUGGAGGAUAAAAUCACAGAAGCUGAGCGGACAGGGUUCAUCUGUAGUCCUUACCUGUCUUGUGAUUAGUUCAUUAUGCAUGACACUGUGUAGGUCAUGUACGGUGUACAGACCACAGUCCUGUAUAUGGAUUUUUACAAGUUGCCCUGGAUUGAACUGAAUAAACAAGCUACACACUG